AUGCCUGGUUCAACUGCUGCCCUCCGACAAGAGAGACUGAAGAAAAGUCCCAGGCCAAAUCCCCCAGGUUUAUUCACCAUUAAUGAAGAGGAUGAGCAGCAAAAAAACGGGAAUUCCACAAGACUGAAAGGUACCAUUCUUCUGGGUCUUCCUCUUACAUCUGAAGCUGAUGUAGGACCAGCUGCCCUUCUACAGUCUGGCAUGCCAGCAACUGAAGGUUCUGAAACACAAGAUAAAAAAGUCACUUCAGGACAAAGCAAUGCAGGAACUAAACCAGAUCAUCCAACAGUACUGAAAGUUGAUGACAGGCAACGGCUUGCCAGAGAACGGAGGGAAGAGCGAGAAAAACAGCUAGCUGCAAGAGAAUCCGUCUGGUUAGAAAGGGAAGAGAGAGCACGGCAACAUUAUGAAAAACACCUAGAGGAACGCAGAAAAAAGCUAGAAGAGCAGAGACUUAAGGAAGAGAGAAGGCGAGCUGCUGUAGAGGAGAAGCGAAGGCAGAAACUAGAGGAAGAGAAGGAACGACAUGAAGCUGUUGUACGUCGCACAAUUGAAAGAAGCCAGAAGCCAAAACAAAGGCAAAACAGGUGGUCCUGGGGAGGAGCACUACACAACCGCAUUAAUAACACAGGUUAUUUUUUUGAAUCAUCAUUCACCUUUCUCGAUUUAGCAGGCCUGGAGCACCACUUCAAAUCUCUGGGUGGUGCUAGAAAACCUGAUCGAGACAGGCGGUCUGUUUCAACAAUGAACCUUUCGAAACAUGUUGAUCCAGUCAUAAACAAGCGGCUCUCCUCCUCAUCUGCAACAUUACUAAAUUCUCCAGACAGAGCUCGCCGUCUUCAGCUCAGUCCAUGGGAGAGCAGCAUCGUUAGCAGGCUCCUGACGCCCACACACUCAUUCCUGGCUCGGAGUAAAAGCACAGCUGCAUUGUCUGGAGAUGCAGUUAUCCCCGUUUGUCCUCGUUCAGCAUCUUGCAGCCCCCUCAGUCCUCUGUCCUACAAGGCCAUGAACUGCAGGAGCUCAGGAGAACGAGCAAAACUUUAUGCUUCUACUGAUGCUGUUGGACGUCGGAGAACGACGCACCUGGCAGGGACUGACAAAAGAGAAAAGGACCAUUUGUCAUCCAGCUUCUCAGCCAAUUUUAAAGGAAGUCAUUUUACUUCCAGCCUCAAAGCUAGAUCAUCAGCUCCCUCUCCAGUUUGGCACGCGUCAAAGUCUUUGCCUUUUUUGCCUGGCACACCCAAGCAGAUAACUUCUCCACCUGGUUCCUCCAAAGUCUCCUCUGCUCAGACACGUCCUCCCUCUCCUGGCAACAUCCGGCCAGUCAAAAAAGAGAUCAAACCAGAGGGUGAGAAGAAAAGACCAGAAAAGGAGGCUGAAAAGGCCAAUGAGGCAAAGACAGAAGAGAGUAAAGGAAUUUCAGCAGGUGCUGGAGAACCCACAAGUCAGGAACAGCUCACUGUCCAAGCAGAGCUAACUCAAGCAGCCAGCCCAUCCCUACCUCCUGCUCCACCAGCUCUUUCUCCAGCCCCAGCACUGCCCAAGCCCUCUGCAGGUACAACUGACCCUGAAGAAGCAACAAGGCUGCUGACUGAAAAGAGGCGCCUUGCCCGUGAGCAGCGGGAACGGGAGGAGCAGGAAAGGAGGGAGAGAGAAGAGCUUGAAAGACAAAAGAAAGAAGAGUUGUCACAGAGGAUAGCUGAAGAGAGAGCUCGCCGAGAAGAGGAGGAAGCCCGCAGACAAGAAGCAGAAAAACAAAGGAAGGAUGCAGAAGAGAGGGAAAAGGAGGAAAGGCUGCGCCGCCAGGCAGAAGAGAGAGAGCAGAAGGAAAAAGAAGAGAUGGAACGCAUUCAGAAACAAAAAGAAGAGGAAGCUCGCCUGCGGGAAGAGGCUGAGAGGAUUCGAUUAGAACGUGAAAAGCAUUUCCAAAGAGAAGAGCAAGAACGCUUGGAAAGGAAAAAGAGGCUUGAGGAGAUCAUGAAGAGAACUCGGCGUGUAGAAGCUGUAGAUAAGAAAUCCAAUGACCAGCAAAAUGGACAUAUAUCAAAGACAAAUACUACUGGAGAAACAGUCGCAGCCAGCCCUGCAUCCCCCUCGGAGCCUGCAGCAGGACCUCAGCUCCAGCAGCCAGUGCCAGCUCCGCACAACGGGACUCCGGCCGCCAGCGCCCGCGCGGGGGCUCCGCACCUGCCCCCCGGAAAUGUGGACAGCAAUCUCAAUCCAGAGAAAAACACAAAUGAAAAUGGAAUGUCUAUGCAGAAUGAUAACUUUGAAGAGAUCAUGAACCUGCCUAUUGGUUCUAAACCAUCCCGGCUGGAUGCUAUGAACAAUGAUGGAAGCAAUAGUCCCGAAAUUCCUUUGAAUCCAAUUCUAGCCUUUGAAGAUAAGGGGACUCUUUUGCCUCAGGUAGACAAUGUUCAAACACAUCAAACAGCAGGGCUGGAUUAA